GGGUGCAGAUGGGGGAAGAGAUAGCGCUGCGCCUCGGGGGCUGAAGCGGGGAAAGGGGAGAUUCCACCCAAGCGUAAAGGUGAGGAUGCACAGCUGAAACUUACGCGAGGGAAGCCAUGGCAUGGAAACACUGGAACGUGCAAUAUGUCCCUCCCAUUGGUCUGCGACGCGAGCCACACACACACCUUCCUGGUAGACCAUUACACUGCCGGUUGUCUUACAGCCUGCUGCUGCUGAUGGCAGAGGUGGUGGCCGAAAGUGCUGUGGGUGCGGGUGCUGCCGUUGCUGCCCCUAGGGCUACCACCUGGCAAUGUACCCCUGAGGCUCCUCACCCAGGUGGAUACCGGCUCAUCUUGCCCCUCUUAUCGAGAUGCCGGUCGGAGCCUUGUCAUCAAGCCUCGAAGAAGUCCCGCUGCUGCCUCGGCUACCACCGAACCAUGGCAUUCGGACCCAUCACAAUGUCCUUCAUUCAUUGGCUGGUGCUAUGGAUGCACCUCGCCUCGCUUGAACCUUUCCGCGGUGGAGGUACACCUUCCCUUAUAAGACUCGCCAGGGCCAUACUCCCCUUUCCGGUUGGAUCCCCUCCCUCAAUAUCUAAAGUAGUACUCUCCCUUAUCGUCUUGUCCCCCCCCUGUCCCCCUCCUUUCUCUUUAGUCCUCUCCAUUCCCUCCUCUCCCUUCCUCUCACUCCCUCUUAUCUCCCCAUUGUUACGGCUGCCUCACUCCUAGCACGCUUGUGAGUACCCUCGGCACAAACCGCCGUGCAGUGAUCACGCUCGGAACUCCCUCGUCUCGGGCCGUAAGUGCCUGCGAGUGGCGGGUGCAGACUACCGCACACAGCCAAGCAUCGACAAGAACAAGGGAACCCCGUACUGACCCCGC